AUGGCUAAAGUUACGUGCAUAGUCCUCUUUCUAGUAGGCGUGGGUCUGAGUAGUAUUCAAGCAGAUGAUGGCAAAAAUAGAUCUGAGGUUGAGAAUGACCUGAAUCAUAUCAUAGAAGACUGCAUCAAGGAGCAUCAUAUACCACGUAUACUAUUUUCUGCAGCUGCGGGGACAGGCAGCACUCAUGCACUUCCCCCAUGUUUUUGGAGUUGCUGCUUCAAGGGAGUUGGUGUUCUGAAUAGUGAUGAUCAAUACGACAUUGAUACUACAUUGGACUUUUCCAAGAAACUUUUUGGAGAUGAGGACUACGAAAAAGUUGAAGAAAUCGUAAAAAAAUGUGAAUCAGUGAACGGUGCAUCAGUAAGCAAUGGAAAUAUUGAAUGUGAAAAGAGUGUUUUACUAGCAGAUUGCUUAUUCGAUAAUGCAAAGAAACAUUUCCCAAAUACAUUUAGUGAUAUUUAA